UGUUUAUUUAUACUAAUAAUCAUUCAAUUAAUCUACUUAUUUCAGUAUCCAAGAUCAACGAAAUCAAAAUAUCACAAGGACUGUAUACCUCCAUACUUUUGAAAUGCCUGGGGAAAUGCUGCACCUGGCUUCCACGCCUGAAGCUUGGCGAAAGAUUGUCUGUUCCUGCACCGACUGCGACUCCUACAACUGCUUCGCCCUACGACACGAAGCUGCUGCCGGCUGCACAUGCAAACUGUGCGAACACUCCAAAACUUGCCUCUUUUACAAUAAAGUAAAAACAAACUUAAAUGCACCUUUACUAAAAACACCUCAAGCAAAGACACCACAAGUAAAAACACCUAAGACUUUCUCUUACCAAGACACAGGUACCUCAACACCAAAAUGCAAUAUGUUACAUAAUCACACAGAGGAUUGUAGUAAAAAGUUCCACGAUGAUUGCAACACCAAAAAUACUCUUAUCUUUUACGAAAAUAUAAAAGCACGUCUCGAGGAGGCUCAGGCUGCUAUAAAAGACAUAAAGUCUCGUCAGGAAUCUAAAGACAAGUCGGUUCCACAGAUACUUCCAACUGAAACCUUAAAAUCACCUCCAAAUAUAACUCCACAGCCAUCUCCUGAUACGUUACCAAAAGCGUUUUCAGAGACGCCUUCACAAAUUAAGAAAAAGACCACGCCAGGCGACCCUAUCCCAUAUCCUAUGAGAUUAGAAAGUCUGAAAGCAUGCUCAUGUAAAAUCUCUAAAUCCUGCCCUUACUACAAGAAGGAUAAACAACAAGUUUUAAGUGAACCAGGACAGGUACUAACAAACAAUACAUGUUCGUCCUAUCUCAUAACGAAACCGAACAACAAAAUCGAGUCCAGCGAAACUGUUGCGAAUAAGAAAUACAGAGUCGUUCCAAUCGUUGAUUCUGACCGUACAGAUUAUAUAAAAGUAGAAAGCACCGAGACUUAUAACAUCCAUAAAAGCGACGAGAAUGCCCCUAAAACUGAGAAAGAUAAUGAAUACAAAAAUACCAUUAGAAUUGAUAAACUUGUCCUUUCUAACAGUGAGAUGAAGCAGUAUGAAAAGAUAAUUGAGGUGCUUAAAUAUAUUUUAGAACAAAAUCAAGAAAAAAGUCAAAACGCAAAGCAGAAAACAAAUGUGAACCAUGAUACGAUUAAUAAAAAACACACUGAUAAAAAAUCUAAAGUGGAUAAAGUUACAAAUGUAAAGGUGGAAACAAAUAUAGAUGUGGAGCACAUUACUGACAAACCCAAGAGCAGUGAUAAAAAUAUCAACGAUAGUGUAAAGACAGCGAAAAAGAGUCAAACAAAAAAAGAUGAGCAUGACAUUAUAGACAACGGCAAGCAUGCAUUUGAUUCGGUCAACAUUACUAAAAAGGAGAAAAUUACAAACAAUCAUCCUGAUAACAACCUUAAAAAAACAUCAAGUAAAUGUAAAAACAAAUUUUGUACCCUUGAAGGACACAAACCUUUUAAAAAGCGUAUCGAAUUACAAAUAGUCUAUGACAUUCGUGGGAAUGAUAAGUUUUCCAGUAAAAGCGAUGAAGUAGAAACCAAACCUAAUCAAAACGUAUCUUACUCCUGUUCUCACACUAAAACUUCGGCAGAACUAAGUGCCCAAAUAAUGAACGUACCUUUCAGAGAAUAUACAAAGUAUAUCAGUAAACCAGAACCUGCUAUAGAAAGUACCCCGAAACAAAAAGGCAGUAAAUAUAUACUUAAGAAAAUAAAAGAUAUUUACGAAGCCUGCAGUUGUAAAGUUUGUGAAUGCAUCUCAAGUAUAGUACCCGCGAACCCUACGACCAAAAGCGAAGUGUGCAACUGUAAACCUUGCGACUGUGACGAAUGCCAAGGGUAUGGAAAAGGGAGUACUACAUCAGAAAAAUGUAAUUGUAGACCUUGCGAGUGCAUUGAAUGUACAAGCGCAAAACUUUCAGGUUCAUGUGCCUGCAAGGCUUGCGAAUGCAUUGAAUGUAAGUAUAGUAACAUAAAAAAAUACAGAAAAUAUAUAGUAGCUCCGGUUGGAGAAAACCAACAACGCCGUUACUGUGACUGUUCACCUUGUGGAUGUUACGAAUGUGCGCAUCCGUACGGAACAGUAAGUAACCGAACAACUCAAGAAACGAGCACCGAGGUUCGUCGGCACCUCAACUGUCACUGUCACCCUUGCAACAAUGUCGAUUGUGAACAAGAUGGAGCAGAUACUUGUACCUGCGAUAGGCAUUCUAAAGUAAUGAGCAAACCCGUAUUGAAGGAUACACAAGAAUACGAUAUCCAUCAUGUCACAGUUUCAAACUUGGGUAGAAAUGCCUAUAAAUGUAAAAAACUUGAUAAAGGCGCUGCAGCGUGGCUAUUUUCGACUACGCCAAAACAGAGCUCUAAAGAAGAUAAUACCAAAGUUGCUAAUGCAAUAUGUGCCCAGUUUGGUUGCAGAGAAACAGAGACUUAUGUUUUGCCAUCUGCAUUUCAAAGUAAAAUAAUUAAGAAACGUGAUGGAAAAUGGUUGUUUUCUGCUGCUGACUCAAACGAGGAAUCUUCGCAUAAUAGCAACGCCAAGGUAAUCGAUCCAGUAUCCACCCAGUUUGGUAGUAGAGAAAUUAAAAUAUCUGACUCGGUGAUAAGUAAAAGUGCAUAUCAGAAUAAAAAAAAUAAGAAUGAAGAUGCCAAAUGGCUCUUUUUGAAACAACAUUCCGAUAACAACGUAUUAGAUGCAUUAUGUAAACGGUUUGGUUGUAAUGAACCAAAUCAAAUAGCAGCUGUACCCGGUAGUGGCAAUUGCGACGUCUACCAACCUGACUUACAUUUACAUCCAAAACAAAAAAUCUCAAUCAAAAAAGAUAACGAGAUUGCCGAGCCUGAUGAUGGCUGCAAUGACAAAGUGUCAAUAUGUGAACCCUUUGGGUGUAAAGAAGUGGUUAUCCAUGACUCGAAUAUUAAAAUACAUCGAACUCAAAAAAUCAUGAAACGAAAUAGCACCGAUUCGAAAUUAUAUGAUCACACCCGUGAUGAUAAUGAUGUUAACGAAUUAAAUAAUGGUGAACAUCAAAACCAAGAUAUUGACAAAGAUGAUGCAGCAUGGUUGUUCUCAGCUGUACGUAACCAAAACUCUAAUAGAGAUGAUAAUUCUAAUGUAAGCGACGAGUUAUGCAGCCGGUUUGGUGGCGACGAUACGAUAGCUGUUGCUUUAAAUUUAACACGUAAUUUCCCAACGGCAAAGUACUUUGCUAAAGUAAACAAUUCCGGUGAUUGCGACUGCAAACCGUGUAAAUGUCCGAAAUGUUUAAAACAUUACAAAGAAGGUCACAAUCCCAAAGAACGUAUGAAAAAUUGCUAUUGUGAAAUCUGCGAGUGUAUUAAUUGUGAAAGUAUGUUGUGCGAUACAAGUGUAUGUGAUUGCAAGCCUUGCGGUUGCAGCGAAUGUCAGAAAUUCUUGCCUUCUAGGCUGAGAACUUACGGUUACAGAAGACCAGAGUAUACGAGUAAAAAUAAAAAAUCCGUAUAUCCUUGCAUGAAUGAUAGCAGUAGUCGCUAUCUUACGUUACUUAAAGCGAAACAAUCGGAUCGUUUCUUAGACAAAAUUAUAACCGAUAAAGAAAGUAAAAACUUUUAUCAUUCUUAUACAGAACCAAACCAUAAAACGAAACCACAGGUCGAUAUGUACUGCGAAAUUACAAGUAACAAUAAAAAUAUUAACAGAUCUCAUAGAAACAUUAACAAAGAACUUAUAAUGGAUAGGGCAAAUCCUAGUGUAUUGAAAGAUAAAAUUCAUGAUUAUGUAAGCAGGAAAAAAACGAAUAUUACGAAAGUUACUGAGAAUACAAAUAAUGAAUGUUACAAAGAAAAGCAAAGAGCCAUGAAAAAUAAAAAUGACGAAUCUAUCACACGUGAAUCGUCAUCGUCUUUCGAACCAUCUACUUCAGGAUUGACACAUGACAAAGAAAUUAGUGACUUGAAAAAUCGUAAUACGAAAUCGAAAGAGAGCUCUUGUAAUAGCUCAGGCUACGACAAUUCGAAUUAUUUAAUCCGUUUCCCAAAGUCAACCGUCGAAACGUGUAUAAGUGAUGUCAUGAAUUUAAGUAAUUACAAAAAGUCUGCUUUUACGCCUUUGAAACCAUCACAGACCAAACCUGAAAGCGAGUACAAAACAUCAACGAUUUCAGAGUACCUUCAUAACACCGUAGUUUUGAAAGAUAAAUAUCCGUCAGUAAACCACAAUAGUUCAAAACAAGGCGUCAUAAAAAUAUCGAAUCUUAAAAUGUGCGAAAAUUUUAAUUCUGAAAGUCCUUGUGGUUGUCAACCAUGCGAUUGUGAUAAAUGUUUGUAUAAAACAAUAAAAUACGACCGAUGUCGUUGCGAUUGUAAUAAUUGUUUUUGCUACGGAACGUGUCUCAGCGAAGAUAAGUCUGUUUACAUUCGGAAAAACGAGUUGACUCAAACUCUUGAGUUACAAGACAGCGGUGAAGUUAGUUUGCAUAGUGCCCACAAUAUCAAUCCGGAAACAAAAACUUUAGUCAAACAGUUUUACCCGGCAUGGAAUACUCAAGAAUUAGAAGUUUCUAGGGACAAAGACAUCCAACCUAAGGACACUAACAAAAAUAGCACUGAUGAUAAAUGCGCGAUAUAUAAGAAUGAUAACUGCGUAAUAAAUUCAUGUGGUGUAAAUAUUAAUUAUUACGACAGCGUACAACAUACUUUAAGGGAUGCUAAAGCAUUUUCUUUAGAAUUACUCAAAAUACUACAAAAGUACGAGAAAGCAAACAAAGAUUUUGAUAGUGUGUCUAAGAAAUUUAAGGAAUUACAAGAAACACGCUUGAAUGACGAUGUCGUAGUAGAUAAAGAAGAAAGUAGUAACUCAGAAGUAACGGAAAAAAUACAACCAAUAGAGAAUGAUUCAAUCAAUAAUGAAAAUGAUUCAACUAAAUCACAAUUUCACAUAUAUCCAGAUAGCACAAACAAAAUUGAAACUGUUGAAUCUGUUACAUCGAUAUCUUUACAAACCGUUCCCAUAAAUAUCUCUAGCAAUUUCGUGGAUAAUAAAAAUGAAAGAAAUAAAAUUCUAACAGACAUAUAUGAUCUAAACGGACCCGAAAUUGUUCCGUUAAUUACACCAGAUGAACAAUGCCCUGAGCAAGAAAACAGUAAUGUGAAGGUGAUGUUAACAUCGUUUAAAGAUACAAAUCAUGUGCAAGAAAAUAAUGAUAUGAAGGUAAAGCUGGACAGUCUUAAAAAUCAAUACAAAAUGUACAGUAAACUUAUAAGUCGCGCUAUAAUAAAGUGCAAGAAAGAAAAAUGGAAGAAAACGUGUAGCAGCGGAUCACAUUCGAAGUCGGCUAGUCCCGAUAACUCGAGAAAUUGUUACAGCUUAAUACAGAAUAAUGGUCACGAUGAAAACGUCUCUUUACUUAAUAAAGAAACUAAAGAUGAAAUUAAAAAGGAUAGCAAUUACAAACUAAAUACUGUUUACCUGAAUACAGUAGAUCCGAGAGACCUGGACAGUGUUUCUACGGAUAAAAUAUUGGUCUUCGAAAAUAAUGAAAAUCUGUUUGCAAAUUCUAACAAAGAAUCAUUUUUGGAUAAAAACCAAUUGACAACGAGUAAUAACGUGAACGUGUCGUAUCCAAAUCUGGCACUGGAAAAAGAGGAUGCCUUAAUAGACAUCCCUGCAAGGUUAAACACCAAUGAGGCUAUAGAUUGUGUGAGUCAAGAUGAGAACGUAUAUCAGAAAAUGAGUUUUUCAAAGGGUUACUACAAUAUAAUGAACAAAGACAUCGAAGAAGCGUCGACUAGUCAAGAUGAAACUUUAAGGGCCGAAUUUCAACGAAGAUUUGAAAGUAUGCCAAGCGUGCCACAGACGAAAGGGCGAUUGUUAACGGGCAUCGAUAGUUCAAUAGAAAAAAUUGCAUCCAGUAAUAUCAUGCAUUUGUUUCAGAAGACGACGAGCAGCUACGACCCUAAGAAGGUGGCUUUCCAAACGGUGCGGAAGGUGUCGGAUCACACUAUAUUAGUGAAGUGGAAAGUCCCUUUGAUCACCACUGAUAUUGAAGGAUACGAGCUGCUUCUGAACGGACGUUCAGUUCAGAAGAUGCUCAGUCCAACGCACAACAUGGCGGUUGUCACUUGCCUGCCGCAUACCAACAAGGUCCUCCUUACCGUCCGCACCAUCACCCUGGCGUCAGCUACCACUGGCAACUAUCCUACCACCACAGUUGUCUAUCGUCUUCGUUCCAAGUAGUCUUAAAUUGUACGUCUUUUCAAAUCACCGUUCAGAAUAGUUGUAGUUUUCUGCUACAAUAGACUGCUGCUAGAUUUGUGCGGUAUCGUGUGCUGCCUAUAUUGAAACUGGGAGAAAUAUUUGCCAGAGUUAAUUACUAGAAGGUAUAAGUUUCACAUCCGCACAACUGGUCAGUCUUGACUUUUGAUGCAGGUUUUCACAUUUUAUUUUACCAAAUCUUUAUCAUUAUUAGUUCUUGGAAAUAUUCACCUGUUAA